ACCUUCAUCUUCACGGAUGGAGAGGAUGAGGAGCUGAAGAAGCAAGCACGAAAUGUCAUCAACACCAACUGCUCGGCUGCCCACAGCCGCCAGGCGCUGUCCUGCAAGAUGGCUGUGGAGUAUGACAAGUUCAUUGAGUCCGGCAGAAAGUGGUUCUGCCAUGUGGAUGAUGACAACUACGUGAAUGUGCGCACGCUGGUGAAGCUGCUCUCCAGUUACCCCCACACGCAGGACAUCUACAUUGGGAAGCCCAGCCUGGACCGACCCAUCCAGGCUACAGAGAGGAUCAGCGAGAACAAGAUGCACCCUGUGCAUUUUUGGUUUGCCACGGGCGGAGCAGGGUUUUGUAUCAGCCGGGGGCUGGCGCUGAAGAUGAGCCCGUGGGCAAGUGGGGGCCACUUCAUGAGCACCGCAGAGAAGAUUCGCCUGCCCGAUGACUGCACCAUCGGGUACAUCAUCGAGUCUGUGCUGGGGGUGAAGCUCAUCCGGAGCAACCUCUUCCACUCACACCUGGAGAACCUCCACCAGGUGCCCAAGACAGAGAUCCACAAACAGGUGACACUAAGCUACGGCAUGUUUGAAAACAAGCGCAACUCCAUCCACAUGAAGGGAGCCUUCUCCGUUGAGGAGGACCCAUCCAGGUUUCGCUCUGUGCACUGCCUGCUGUACCCUGACACGCCGUGGUGCCCUGCCAACGUGGUUUACUAGGAAAUGUGUGUCCCCUCCAACCUCGUCCCGAAUUUCCCCGGUAUCCGACGGGCGUGCGGGACCUGCGUGCGGGUGUGUCAGUCCG